AUGGUUUUAGCGUGUCGAUUUCACGGCUGGUCAUACUUACCGACAGGAGAACUGCACAAAGCGAGAGAGUACAAUAAUCUGCCGGAUUUUGAUCCGCAGGAGCAUUCGUUGUUCAAAAUACAUACUCACGUGACGGCUCAAGGAUUCGUAUUCGUCAACUUUGACGCGCGUGAAGCUCCAGCGGUUAGAUUUGAGGAGCAGUUUGGCGAUGACUUUGAUCCUACUCCGACAUCGAAAACAGGAAAAGAAGUCGGUGACGAAUUUGCUCUUUUCCCCAAGGACGGAUGGGAGUACGAUCACACCUGGAACAGCUCGGAAGCUGGAACAAAGUUCAAUUGGAAGACUUUUGUGGAUGGAUUUCAGGAAUGCUACCACUGUCAGACCGGACAUCCGACAACACUUCCCAAGGACUUUGCCCUGGAUCAAUAUUACCUGAGACAAGGGAUCGGUGCCUCUCGUCACUUUCUACCUCCGAAAAGAGAAGGACUGUCAGAGGCUUUCAUUACCUGGUUAUUCCCAAUCGGAGCAGUCAUAUUUAGCGACAAUCUUCUUUUCAUUGCCCGAUUCAAUGCCACGGGAGCGUUGGAAACAUCAUAUCAAAGCGAGACUUAUCGAAGAGCGAGCAUGCAGAAGCCAAGCGCAGAGUAUGACCAUUGGAUGGAGCACGACAUUGCGUAUUGGCGCUUUGUUGAAAGAGAAGAUGUCGAACUGGCGGUUAGCGCGCAAAAGGGAUUCAACAAUGGGGUAUUGGGAUUGGGGAGGCUUCACUCCAUCCAGGAACACGCAGUCAAAUGGUAUCUAGACAAGGUCGGGGAUAUUUUGGUUCGGCAUGCAGAGCUGGAAAAGGCAGAGGGCAAAAAUAUUGACUAUGCCAUUCCCAAGAUACAGAGUGAUGCUGUGGAUGGGGACGCCUUGUGUAAGCUGGUUGGACCGGAGUAUGAAUGGUAG